GGUGUUUUUUAUUCUUAUUAAAUUCUUACAAUUUUCAAAAAUAGGGUUCCUAAUAUAAUUUGAAUAAUGAUUUUAUCUUCAUCUGUUUAUUAAUCUAAUAAUGAAGAUUUCCCACCGACUCUUAAACAAGUUUAGGCCAAAGCUACAAUUAAACCAUGAUCUGCCAACACAAGCGAUUCCCCCCAUGCCUACCAGCAGUGAACUAUUAAAGAUGUAUAAUGUCAGAGCAAGAAAACAACUUUCACAAAAUUUCUUACUUGAUCCAUUAAUAACAAACAGAUUCGUAUUAUGUGGUGCAAAAGACUUAGCAGGCCACCAUGUUUGUGAGGUUGGACCAGGCCCUGGUCCUAUAACUCGAUCUAUUUUACAACGAAAACCGGAACGUCUAACUGUAGUUGAAAAAGACCACAGAUUCUUACCAAUGCUAAAGUAUGUGGCUGAUGUUUCAAAUGAUCGAAUGACCAUCGUACAUGGCGAUAUUUUAAAAUACGACUUAUCUCAAUGUUUUCCUCAGGAAUUGGCAAAAGAUUGGCAUAAGGCCUCUCCGCCAUUUAUUGUGUUUGGAAAUUUGCCGUUCAAUGUUUCACUUCCGUUAAUAUUUAAAUGGUUUGAACAAAUAUCAAGGAAAGAUGGGAUGUUUAAACUUGGAAGAAUACCGCUUGUACUUACUUUCCAAAGGGAGGUUGUAGAGAGGUUUCUGGCACAAACAGGAGAUAAACAAAGAUGUCGGUUAUCCGUUUCAGCGCAGAACUUUUGUGACAUUGAUUACAAGUUCAUUAUUGCUGGUGGUUCAUUUGUGCCACCUCCAAAGGUUGAAGUGGGAGUCGUAAAAAUUGUGCCGAAGAAAACCUUUGAUAUAAAUUUGCCCUUCAAAAAGAUUGAUUAUGUGGUAAAGCACACGAUGCAUAGAAAAUCAAAAUAUUGCAAACACAGUGUUAAGACCAUGUUUCCACCAAAGAGAAGCGAUUUAGUGGAUGAAAUAUUUCGAAAAUCCGGUGUUGAUCCUUUAACUCGAUCAAAUGAACUUGAAAAUCUUCAUUUCCGUGAUUUAUGUUACGCAUAUGAAGAGAUAGCAGACAGAAUACCGAACCUUCGAAAGGUUGAUACAUAUGGUGAAAACGAAUGGUCAAAAACAUAUUUUGACGCCAAUGGAAACGCUAAAGAUGUUUUGUUUGAGACUGCAGAGAAAAAUGGUAAUUCAAAAAUUGAAAUACCUACAUUUGAGGGAAUUUUUGAAACUACUUCAUUGAAAUAAAUCUUUGUUUUCGUACUGCAACCUUUCAUUUUUCUUACAAAUGUAUUAAAUUUGGUUUUACACUA